GGCGGGGUUGGAUUUUUGAUGGUAUGCGACGGGUUUCACUUGGUACUUAGUGCGUUAUAAUAGGAUUUUGUGAUUGUCGACCAAUUUUAGCUGACUUCUUGUCAUUAUUCCGUUAACGUUUUUGUGCUUAUGUGUUAAUUUGAUACUAUGAUUAGUCUUCAUUAGUGUUGCAAGCUUAGGCAAGUGGGAAUCCGAAUUUAGAAAUUCUGUAGAAUUUUCUAAAAGUCUGAUGAGUAAGAUAGUGGCCUUAAAGAGCCUAAAACUUAUGAAUAAUUCGAGUCGAAUAUGUGCUAAGUCUACUUUAGUUUUCGACGACAUGGGUUGAAAUUUGAUCUAGAAGUUCUCCAACUGACUUUCUCUUCAAUUCUGCUGCAGAUAUUUCGCGACAGAAUCGUAGGAUGCAUUGAGGAAAAUACAGAAUUUGUCUGCAGUGUACUCUAAAUCUGUCGCAAAGUGUCUGGAGUGCGCUCCUAGUGUGGCCGAAAGUUUGUAUAUGUAUAUUUGUAUAUUGAAUACAUAACACCACAAAACCGUUUUGUUUAGUUCAUGCAGCUGCGUCGAAUGUUAUAGCUGCAUGUUUUCCUAGAUUUUCUCUCUCGCCAGGGUGUAAUAUAAUGCGUGCAAGUCUGCUGGCUCCAACCAUGUAUUCAAACUCAUUCAUUGCACAACAGGCUGGAUUAUUUUAUCUAGUGAACACAGGAUGAGGAAGAGUUUCUGGAGUCAAUUAGGAACUUCUAACGCUACUUACCUGUACCUUACUAAGAGUCCCACAUAAGGUUUCAGAGCUUCUGUCGUUAUCUUUGUGUAAAUUUAGGGUUUACAUUGCUUAUAGUCUUAUGAGACGCCAUGUUCCUCCGGGUUAGGCUAAUAACUGUGAUGAAACUACACAUAUGUAACCACCUGUCGUGGUUUUUAGCUGUUUUUUCUAUCACUCAAGCAUUUCAAUAGUUCAAUUUUUACUGACAUCGGAUGGAAACAGCCUAAAUAUCCACUUAAUUGUGUAGCUUCCCUGUGUGCACAAGUGCUUAACUUCCCUUCUUUUUCUUUUUUAUGACAGUCUAUCGUUUGAGGGUCCUCCUGGUGAUUUUCUAACUUAUGAGUCCACUGUUACUUUUGCUCAGAACAAAAUAUUCAGAGCAAACAAUUGUUUUCAAUAAAUUCUUCUUCAGGCUCUACAAUUAUAAAUCCAUAAAUUUAAGCAUACAAUAGCCAGUAAAGGCAAAUUAGAAUCACAUCAGAAAGUUGCUUUCAGAAAAUGUUUCUUCCCCGUUUUUAAUACUGCGGAUGUCAUAUAUUUAUAUAUAAUAUAUAGCUGUACUAAAUUUUGAGGGUAGGGAUGGAUGUUCCAAGCCCUAUCUUCUGCCAUCUUCCCUUAAACAUAUCCACCACAACUUCGCAUAUCGGUAAUCCUAUGAUGAGCCCCUCGGUUUAGCCAGUGCAUUUUCCCCUGGAACUUAAAUACUAGGGUAUUUAGCAAUAACUAAAUCCUUAAGGCGGUCUUCUAGUGAUACUUUCGUUCUAAGUCGGUGUUUUUGGUCAGAAAUGAGUUCGUCUCAAAACACUUCUAGUCAUGUUUAUUUGUAUGUUUAUAUGAACUGAUGAUAUCGAACCUAAUCAUAUUUUCAUCGCCUAAUUUUGUUACUGAAGCAGAAUUAGUAAGUCUAUAUUUGUAACUGUUUCUGUUUUGACAUGUUCCCAUGGCUAAAUGUUUAGACAAUAUGUAAUUUGAUCUUUAUUUCAAAUCAUUCAGAAGGCUAACGGGAUAUAUCCUACUAGGGUUAUUAUUUCUAGCUAUUAAAUUGAGCCAUCAGGACUCAUAUAGAUGCGGUUUCCUUUGGCGUAUAAGGUUUCCUUAGGGUUCCUUAACUUGAUGCAUGAUACUGGCUCUUAGUUCCUUAAUUUCUCCAGCUUAUAAUACUGUUUCACUGAAAUCUAUUUAAUAAAUUUAUUUAUUUAUUUAUUUAAACGCAUAAAAAACUUGGUACAAUAUGGCACCAAGAAAGAUGCGCCACACAAUAAUAAUAAAACAACAUGGAUCAAAAAAAAAGGAAGGAAGGAAAAGAAAAAAUAUAUAUAAGUAGAGAACGGAUAAAGAACUUCAUCUGGAAGGAAGACAUUCAUGCUUAACAAGUUCAAACAGUGUUCGUUAGCUAUCAUCGGAAAGGGAAGAAAGAAGGAAAUCGCAACACAUUCGCCACUGAUUACGAUUCUUGGCCAUAUCCGAUAACGUUUCGAGCCAUCGAUUUGAGCUAUCUCUCGGACUCCAACCAGGGAGUCGUGACACACCAACCGAUGCUAAUCUAGCACAAAUAUUUAAUAAAUAAAUUAGUAUGUGACCCUGUAGUUAUUCCUGAAUUUGAAGAGAAAUAGUCCAUAUGUUAUCUAUGCUUUAUGUUGCUUUCUAAUUAUAGUACACUUGUCCGACUGAAUUCUAAGUUGGAACUUUGCAUGGAGUUCCAGGAGUUCAAGUACGGAAAGGCAGAAUAAAGGGGUUUCAAAAGUACUUUAAUACACAGAAUGUGAGGAAGAAAGAGUAAUAGCAUGGAAAACACUAGGGUUUAAUGAAUGUGGAAGAUCGCAAGGAGUGAAGUCAUCUGCGCUGUUGAGAACAAUUUUGAGCCAUAUCUCCGAAAGUCUUUGGCGAUUAGUUCUUGGAAUCGCGAAGACUCCAACCAAAACACAAGCCCAAGUUUUACACAUAUAUUAACAGGACACAAACAUUUGUGGUCAAAGAUAGCUAGCCUCUUCACAUCUUCCACUUUCUGUGGCCAUGUCUCACAACCAUAAAGGAGAACAGAGCAAACUGCCACACAGUACCCACGUCCUUUUGAUCGAUAGCCAGAUGCGAUGUCUAUUCAGAGUACCCUGCAUUUUGUCAGCGUUCCCACUUAGGAGGACAAUAUCGAACUCGUACUCUAAUUAAACAAAAUAAUACCCUGGUAACAAGUUCAUCCUUUAGAUACUAAAGUCGAUUAAAGCCAAUACCACUCAUAGAUAUAUUAUGUAAUAGUCUGAAAUGGAGGCAGCCGGCAUCCGUGACGGCCACCACUGGUUGUAAUAUCUUUAGCGCUCUUCUCAUCUGCUCCUUAGAGUACAAAACUUGUAGAAUUGCAAUUGGAAAGGCAGCAGAAUGUCUUCAGUACAAUAAAUGUGUAAUUUAGACAAGGUUAGACGCAUUUGAAUGAUCUGUCUUGCUGACUGAAGAUUCUAGCCAUUGUUACUUGGUUUCUUUACGUGCCUCAAAUUGGCUGGCAAUCACUUCGUGAAUAAAUGGUGCUUUCGGUGGCUACUUGUGUAAAACCUCAGGAAGCAGUGGUAUACGUACGCCUACAAUUAUGUGGAGCUUUUAAUAUCGCUUCAGUUAGGCGUUCUGGGAUCUACUGUUUUGUUAUCAAGGUGUGGCAGCGUAGGCUGUGUAACUGGCUUAACCAAUUCUAUCCUGACAAGAAUGCUUGUAAUUUUCGACAUGUAACUAGUAAGGAUAGAUGAUACUUAAUAGUGCACUCAGGCGGGACGGUAAGAAUCUAUGGUUGGAAACAGUCGGUGACAUGGCUCAAAAUCGUUCUCAGUGGCGCAGAUGCAUCCACUCCUUGUGACUUAUGAUCUCCAAUGAAACUUUUGUUCUUCGUUAUUACUCCUCCUUUGUCUCACACCUCUGCUCACUGUCUCUAUUAUGCUUUCCUUGUACUUUCUCCUCUUGCUUCGCGUGCUACACAGAGUGUGGCGACUUGAACUUCCGCGCGUUUGUGCAAAGUUCUAUGUUGAAAACAGACAGACAGUGCACUCAGACAGUGGUGGGUCAUAUUUACUACUGCUCUGUUAAGCGACUACAGUUGAUGAACUCAUAAGUAACCUACGGUUCUACUUCCUGGUGAAUGCCAGCUUACUUGGAGUAGGGAUGAGUGUACUCUUUAGAACCUUGACUGCUAAUCAGUCAAGUUUCCAUGGUGUGAACCAUGCACCUCUAGCAGUGCAGCCAGAAUUGUUAUUUUGCGUUAUUCGUGGACAUAAAGCAAAGUUGAAGUCAGGGAGUUUGAUUUCUAGAAGUAUAUUUGCGCGUAACACGUGAUAUGAUGUUAUUUAUUCUCUCAUUCCUCUUGCAGGAUUCAAAGUCGUACUACCUCCAAUCACCACAAAACAAUUUCCAGUCAGUCAGAAUGAGUUCAAAGAGUGAUAUGCGCGUGCCUAAGCCUCCUAAACCACCUGAGAAGCCGUUGAUGCCGUAUAUGCGGUACAGUCGUAAGGUGUGGGAGCAAGUGAAGAAUUCGAACCCACAUCUGAAAUUGUGGGAGGUGGGUAAGAUUAUUGGUCAAAUGUGGCGUGAACUACCUGACGAUGAAAAAAUGUUGUACAUGGAAGAGUACGAUGCUGAGAAGACACAAUAUACAGAGUUGUUACGUCAGUACCAUACUUCACCGGCUUAUCAAGCCUGGUUGCUCGCAAAGGAGAGAGCGGAGAAAAGCAUGGAGGAACAAGACCAGGAACGAAGACAAUCGAUUUUGAGAUCAAGAGAUCGUGGUAAUGAAGUCCCUCAAGGAGACUUAAGGGAAUCUUACAUCUUGGAAGAUAACGAAGAAGAUACUGAAGAUCAGUACACUGCAAAACAUGUAGCUGCAGCUCGUUUCCAAAGAAAUCACCGUUUGAUGCUAGAAGUGUUGAGUGAUGCUAGACUCCCUGAUCCUGGCCAAUUGAUAACCCAGAGCAGAUUGGACAUGUUGCGCCUGCAAGUGGAACAACUGAGAAAUCACAAACGCAACCUAUGUCAAGAGAUUGACGGGUGUGAAGCACGUCACCAAGCCAAGGUUCAACGUAUCCGUGAAGAGUCCGAGCGUUUUCGACUAGAGUACGAGAAGAUCAAAGCAGGACGGCCAGUUAUCACGGAGUCUCAGUUUGCUGAUAUGAUAGUUAAAGCGAAGCAGGAUAUACAGCGUGAGGAGGAAGAUCGGAAGUCUCGUUAUUUGGCGGAGUUGGAGAUGAGACGUCGACGUCAGCAGCAACGACAGCAGCGAGAGGCGGAAUUGCUGGAGUCAGAACGCCGACGUCAGUUACUGCAGCACCACCAACAACAACAGCAGCAGCAACAACAACAACAGUUGCAGCAAGCUCAUAUGCGACCAGCACAUCCACCUGUCGUUCAUGGUGAUCCAAAUAUUCAAUUUACUGACCGUCCACUGGAAAGACUAAUAGUUCAGGAUAAAAGGGAAGAUGCAAGUUGUCAGCCUACACCAUCGAAGUUACCGGCCACUUCAACAAGUCUAGUAAAUCCUGUAAGUGGGAAAGGAGCUGCUUCUGAGGUAGUUCACUCUGGGAGUGGUGCAGUGUACCCUUCUGGAAUAUGCAAUGCUUUCACACAGCCUGCGAAUCAGAAUUCAGUAUCCAGGUUUCCUCAGUCUGGUCACACGCAACAUCACUACCCACCGCCACCACAUUAUAUACCUAGUGCCGUGCCACCGGGAAAUCCCACCAGUUUGGUUCAUCAGCGUAGUCCGUUACCAAGCAUUCAACAAGCCACGCCAAGCAAUGCGGCUAAAGCCAACUCAACAACACCCGUGAACCGUACGAAGAAAGUUGCAUCAUCUGGAUCGUCUACUUCAUCUGCUUCUUCAGCCUCUUCGACAUCUUCGAAGAAGAAGAAGGCUGAUUGUGAUGUGAGCAAAGAAGCGACGAGUCAGGAAAUGCGAGAACGGCCGACUUCUAGUUCAGGUGAAAGUGUUGUGGACCCUAACCAGAUGAAGUCUAAUGAUUUGGCGAAUGUGACUCCUGGCCAUUCGAAUGAGUUUCAACAAGGGUUAUCAGGACAGCCGAGGCACGUUGUUGCUUCUCAGUACCAACCAAGUAAUGUCCCUUCAAACGUUGUCAGCUCAGCCCAGGUGUCUGGGGCUCCAGUACAAGCACCGUACGCGUACGAGGUUAGCAUGUCGAAUCCAUCAAACCCCCCACCUCUACCUGGUGGUGCUUAUUAUCCCCAUCAUCCGCCUGUUACCAUGUCUAAUCCCAGUGGUUAUUCUCAUGCACGCGUCCAAUUCUCACAACACACUCCUUACAACGCUAUGCAGUACCACCAUAUGCCUCAACAAGCGUCUUCGGAGCAGCCACAGCCGCCACCACCACCACCUAUGUAUGUGCAGCAUAUGGCACAGAAUGCUGCACCGCAUGUCCCACAACAACCUGGAACACCAGUGGGAGGACCUAACCAACAUCCUCCUAGCCACAUCCCACAAGCACCACCACCACCUCACCAACACAAUGCAAGCAAUUGGCAUCCAGCAGGUGCAUCACCAUACCCUGCACACUAUGGUCCUUCUCGUUAUCCAGUUCCGAGUGGUGGUGGUCACGUGGGUUAUCCUCCCAUGCAACCGCCACGUAAUUUUGGCCCGAAUUCUGGUGGAUAUUCUUCAGUGCCUCAUUAUUUGGUUGGUCAGCAGAACCCACAAGCCCAUCCUCACCAAAAUGUCCCCCAGCUGUGCCAGUUAGUCUACAAGAUGGAUCGAGUGGAGGAUCCCAGCCAAUCCCAGCACCACCACCGUACCAGCAGCAGCAACAACAACAACAACAGCAGCAGGCGAGUUCUGUCGUUGGUUAUUGGCCGACACAACAUCAAGUACCUCCAGACUAUGUUCAGAGUCAACAACCGUCUCACUACGCGGUGGCGCCUGGUUCUCAAUCAGAGAGUAUGGGAGGCGCAAACCAGCAGCAAGUAUUAUCAUCGGUGGAUGGUGUCCAUCCAUGUUCUGGUAUAUCUGGACCUCCUGGGGAUGGUGGGAUGGGUCAAGUGCAAAUGGUGCCGUCGAACCAAUCUCAGGGAGCGAACAUUUAUUAUCCAGGUGGACCUGUCCCGCCUUACCCUCAUGGUGGACCGAAUGGAUUUUAUUCAGUGCCACCCCAACAUCACUACGCUCCUGCUCCUGCUCCUCCUCCACAUCAGCCUGGUGGAAAUCCGUGGUCAUGUUACCCUAAUCCCGGUCCACCUCAGAUCCCGAGUUACCCACCACCACAACAACCACAACAACAACAACACCCGCAACAGCAACAACAACAACAACAGCAGCCGCCACAACAUCCACACCAAUCUCCUCAGUGUAAUGUUGGUUCAAGCUAUACUACGCCUCAAAUGGCGAAUAAGCCUGAACAGUCUGUGGUGGGAGCAGCGAGUGGUACAGAGAAUUCAGGUGGUGGUGGUGUAUGUGGAGCGGGGAAUUCCAACAGUCGUCCACCGUCUAACAAUAAUUAAUUAUUUGAUGGGAUCAUAUAUGAUUAUUGCAUUUUAGUUAUUUUGAAAGCAGUGCUUUUAUUGUGAAUUGUCACUCACUAACUCAUUGCUUAGUUAGUUGAACUCUACUCUAUUUCCGACUCUUGUCAUCAUCAUCACCACUGUUGGAUUCUUUUAAUAUUCUCUUCUUUUUUUGAUUACUCAUAAGUUGUACUCUUUCGUCCAUUAAUAUGUCCGUCAUUUGUGUGUGUGUGUGUUCACAGUAUUUCAGGUUUAUUAGACGUUUGGGUAUUUUUCUGGAUAUGUCUGCAGGUGGUUUCAGUUGAUUGAUUGAUUGAUUACUCCUUGUCUUUGUUAUCAUGUACUGUACAUAAGUUUUGUUGAGCGGAAAACAGAUUGAUUUAAGACAAGGCGUCUUGAGUAUUUUUAACAAUGUGUGUGUGUGUGUGUACUUGACGACAGUAUUCUGAGACACCUAUAUCAUUGUUGACACUGAUAUAUACUGCUGCUAGAUGAACUAGGAUGACGAACAGACUUAGCAGAUAAAUUGUAAUAGUUAUCCACUGUCGGCUAACCAUGAUCAUUUUUUUGUUAAUUGCGCUUUUGGUCACUUUGAAGCGUCAAUGUACUGCAGCAUUGAAGACAGUUAGUUGUCCUUGGACUGACUGUCUCGGGCAUUGGAGUUUGCUCUCGAAAUUUAUCUCAUUUUCAUGUAUCAUCCAGUUGCCUUUUUGUGAACAAAGGCUGUGUAAUAAAUGUUGUGAAAUGUGAGUUUGAUGAUUUUGAAAAUGGCGUUUGUCACAUCAUAUUGACGUAGGGAUUAGAUUAGUGAAGCAACUGGGAAAUUUCCAUUCAGCUGUGCUAAUUUUAUCCUUCUUAGAAUAUCACACGAACAGCAUACUCAACCACUUGUAACUGGAUGGAUACAUGAGUUUGUG